AUGGUCAACAAGCCGCAUGGGCCGCGGCAAGGCAGCAAGGCCACUGGCAAGAAGCCCAGUGCAUCUGCAUCCACCUUGAACGACGAGGACACCAGCUUCAUCCAGUUUGGCGACGACAAGAAGAGCAAGAAAGCGAAACAGCCUGCUCUCGAUGACGCGCAGAAAAAUGGCGGCAAAGGCAAAGAGGCAGCAUCUGCGAGUGGCAGCAGUGUACCUGCUGAGGCAGAGAAGAAGCCGGACCCUCGGACUUUGAUAGGCGGCGCAUCAUGGACAGGCAAACUGCCCCAGACGCUGUUCAACGAACAUUGUCAGAAGCAAAAAUGGGACAAGCCAGAGUAUACAAUUCAUCGCAAUGGCAAAGGUUUCACAGGAGGUGUCAUCAUCAAGCAGAAGAAUGCGAAGACUCAAGAGGUCACUACUCUACCGCCAAUCGUGCCGCCGAGAGACUAUCUCAAAGAACGUGCGACGCAAGAUAGUGCCGUUGAAGCGCGGCACUUCGCUGCGGCAUACGCACUGUUUCGAGUGAGCAAUAUGAAGAACAUUCACAUGAUGCUCCCGCCCACCUACCGCGACUUGUGGAAGGGAGACUUCCAGGACUUGAAGAGCGAGGCCAUUGCACAAGGCAACGCUUAUCUCUACGAAGCUGACCCAUUUCUGGCCCAAAAGAAAAGAGACGAAGCCAUGGCCGCCAAGGAGAAAGCCAAAGCGGACAAGGCAAAGCAGCAGGUCGAGGACAAGAAGCUGGAAGUGGUCAGCCUAGACGGACAAGUGCAGAGCAAGCAUGUCUUGAAGGGUUGGAUGAGGGUACCGAAAGUGGAGAUGGGUAUUAAGACGAGGCGAGAAGUAGAGCGAUUGAUUCGGCACGGUGGAGCAUGGAAUCCAAACGGAGUGGUGCUGAACACCGCACAGAGGCAAGCGAUUGUGGACGAUCUUUCCAAGAUUGGAUUUCGCUCAAGCCACGUCGAAGAAGCCACAGAACUCUGCAAGGACCGCGAAGAGUGUCUAGAGUGGCUGCUCAUCCAUGUGCCUGAAGAUGACUUGCCGAAGUGGUGCUUACCAGACAACUACCUCGCGGGUGUCAGUCUCGCCAGUGGCGACCUGAAGCGGGAGGGAAAGUUGAAGCGAUUGGCUGCUGCCGGAUACUCCGCUGAGUUAUGCGCGGACAUGCUCGAUUCGUGUAAUGGAGACGAGGCUCGUGCGGCCGAUUUUCUCCAAGCGCGACUGCUAGGCAAAGACGCAGAAGCAUCCCACUCACCAGACUUUGAGCUUUGGGAUGAAGAGCAAGCGACACUUCAGGCCAUCUUUGGUGACAGAUAUACGAACCACGACAGAACGUGCACGAUCACGUUGGAACUACAGACGCCGGACAAGAAGCCCAUUGUGCUGCGUGCAAGACCCCCUACUGCUGGAUACCCAUACACCGUGCCAAUACUCUCGGUGGGAACUGACUUACCUGCAUACGUACGCCUCAGCGUGCUCAAGCAGGUCCUCGUUAUUGCGGAGAACGAGUAUCUUGGGGAUCAGAUGCUGUUCAGCAUUGUCGACUGGCUGGAGCAGAACAUUCCUCGCGUACUUGAACAUCCUGGUCGGCUCAGUGAAGUUGCAAGCGCCGCAUCUACGUCCGCAGAGGUUACGACUAUCGUAUCGCGAUCAAGCAAGCCACGAAGGCAACCCAAACCUCUAUCUUGGACUCCUCAUAGUGCUGCCAGCCAACAAGCUCUCGAGGCCUGGCGCGCCAAACAGAGUUCGCCUGAGCAACGACGCAUGUUACAAUCCCGCCAGAAUCUCCCUGCUUGGAAGUUACAAGACGCUAUCGUGUCUUCCGUGUCAGCAAACCAAGUCACGAUUAUAUCGGGAGAGACAGGGUCUGGAAAAUCUACUCAAUCCGUGCAAUUUAUCCUUGAUGACCUGAUCAAGCGCGGUUUCGGCGAGCAGGCCAACAUCAUCUGUACACAGCCGCGCAGAAUCUCCGCUCUUGGGUUGGCCGAUCGUGUCGCGGAUGAGCGAUGUGUGAAAGUUGGAGAAGAGGUUGGGUAUGCCAUUCGUGGCGAAUCGAAGCAGAGGCCGGGUACAACGAGGAUCACCUUUGUCACGACAGGUGUUUUGCUCCGUCGAUUGCAGACCUCUGGUGGCAGCACCGACGAUGUCGUUCGAAGCUUGGCCGAUGUCAGCCACGUUGUGAUUGACGAGGUCCACGAGCGUAGUCUUGAUACAGACUUCCUGCUCGUAUUACUAAGAGAUGUUUUGAAGAAGCGAAAGGAUCUGAAGCUGGUACUUAUGAGUGCUACGCUCGACGCGAAGACGUUUGAGGACUACUUCAAAGCAGCAUCAAGUGUUGGUCAGGUCGAGAUCGAAGGCCGUACUCAUCCUGUCCAGGACAUAUAUCUGGAUGAAAUAGUGAGCAUGACCGGCUUCGGUUCGGUCGAGGACGAUGAAGACGACCCCGAAUCUUCACAAGACCCCCGUGUAAUUGAUGCUAGGUCUAGCACUUCCACGCUCCGUCCAAACAUUGGAAAUGCCUUGAGAGCUGUUGGCACCAGAAUCAAUUACGACCUCAUCGCCCGAACAGUUGAGCACAUUGAUCGGACCCUGGGGAGUGGGGAAGGUGGCAUUCUCAUCUUCCUGCCUGGCUUGGCCGAGAUUGAUCAGACUCUUCGAGCACUUCGCAAUGUGCCAAAUCUUCACGCACUUCCUUUGCACGCAUCUUUGCAGAGUUCCGAGCAGCGCCGCGUUUUCCCCAACGCACCGGCCGGUCUUCGCAAAGUCAUCGCUGCCACAAAUGUUGCCGAAACCUCGAUUACGAUUGAGGACAUUGUUGCCGUCAUCGACACUGGACGAGUCAAGGAGACUAGCUUCGAUCCCGCCAACAAUAUGGUCAAGCUUGCUGAGGUCUGGGCCUCACGAGCCGCUUGCAAGCAGAGACGUGGUCGUGCAGGGCGUGUCAGAGCAGGCGAAUGUUACAAGUUAUACACUCGUUCUGCGGAAGCCAAGAUGGCGGAAAGGCCAGAUCCAGAAAUAAGAAGGGUGCCGCUAGAGCAACUCUGCCUUUCAGUCAGAGCAAUGGGUGUGGUUGAUGUUCCCGCAUUCCUGGGCUCUGCAUUGACUCCGCCCGAGACUCUUGCUGUCGAAGGAGCACUCAAGCUGCUGAGCAGAAUGGGCGCUCUAGACUCUACAGACCUCACUGCGCUUGGAAGACACCUCUCAAUGAUCCCAGCUGAUCUCAGAUGUGGCAAAUUAUUGGUUUACGGGGCAGUCUUCGGGUGCUUGGAAGCUUGCUUAACCAUUGCUGCCAUUUUGACGGUGAAGAGUCCAUUUGUCAGCCCACAAGCCAAGCGAGAGGAAGCGAAAGCAGCUCGAGCUCCGUUUGGCAGCGGUAAUGGAGAUCUCAUUUGCGACCUCCGUGCGUAUGAGGAAUGGUCGAGUCGAAGGUCUUCUGGCGAGCCGACCUCUUCUGUUCGAAGAUGGUGCGAUGAAAACUUCCUCCACCACCAAACACUUCUCGAUAUCACCACCAAUCGCACGCAGUAUGUCUCAUCUCUGCAAGAGACAGGAUUCCUCUCACGCUCUUAUCGACCCUCAUCUGCUGCGGCCGCGACGUACAAUCGGAAUAAUGGCUCCACAACUCUACUCCGUGCGCUGAUUGCAGGCUCUUUCCAGCCCCAAGUUGCACGAAUCGAAUUCCCUGACAAGAAAUAUGCUUCUUCGUCCUCUGGUGCCGUAGAGCUCGACCCCGAAGCCAGGACUAUCAAAUUCUUCAAUGAAGAGAAUGGAAGGGUGUUCGUACAUCCGUCAUCGACCCUGUUCGACGCUCAGUCAUUUCCUGGCAACAGCAUGUAUAUGAGCUACUUCACCAAGAUGGCGACCUCCAAGGUUUUCAUCAGGGAUUUGACACCAUUCAAUGUGUACAGCCUGCUCAUGUUCGGCGGAGAUAUCGGGAUCGAUCCGCAGGGCAGGGGAUUGCUGAUCGAUGGCUGGGUUAGGCUGAGAGGCUGGGCUAGGAUCGGAGUACUGGUCAGCAGGAUGCGAAUGAUGCUCGACGAGCUCUUAGCCAAAAAGCUAGAAGAUCCGGAGAUGGACAUGGCGAAUCAGCGGGUGGUGGAAGUUGUGGGGCGGCUUGUGGAAUUGGAUGGAUUGGACAGAUGA